GAGUUGUGUCCGGAGCCGUCAACAUGGCGUCCUCAAUGUCACUCCUGUCUGGUUUGAGCCGAAUUUGUUUUCGCCAUUCAAUCAUAAAAACACCACUAAGGUCAGUUAGCACAUCAGGAUGUCUGGCGCAGAAUCAAGGGCAAGAGUCGCAGCUCAUCACAGUGGAUGAGAAACUGGACAUCACAGCAAUAACUGGUGUUCCAGAGGAGCACAUCAAGACUCGGAAAGUGCGCAUCUUUGUGCCCACUCGCACUGCCAUGCAGUCAGGCGUCCAGAACACCAAGAAGUGGAAGAUGGAUUUUGAUACACGUGAGCGAUGGGAGAAUUCACUGAUGGGCUGGGCCUCUACGGCUGACCCUCUGUCCAACAUGACCGUUACAUUCAGCACUAAGGAGGAUGCUAUUGCUUUCGCUGAGAAGAAUGGAUGGAGUUAUGAUAUAACGGAGAAGAGAGCACCCAAACCGAGAGUGAAGUCAUACGGCGCAAACUUCUCCUGGGACAAAAGGACUCGGAGGUCCGGCAAAUAGACGAUCAGUCAGCUUGUUUAGAUCUGUUUAUGAUCUGUGUUUCUGUGACAAAUAUUGUCAAAUGUACAUUUACAGAAAUCUAAUAAAGCAUCCUGCAGUAAUUCAGA